AUGCUUGGAAAUUUUCAGGAUAGAGAGAAAUGUGAAGCAGAAUUUCAUGAUUUUGCUUUGAAUAACCCGAUUUUGUGCUUCGAAUAUCUGAAUUCUAUGUUAUCGGAUAAAUCAUAUCAGAAAGGAAGCUUAACGUUAAUAUCAUCUCUAAUAUCACAUAAAAACGCAGCUAUUUACAAAGAAAAGAUUUCAGAUUUAAAUAAUAUAUUUUCACAAAUUUCAUCAAUUAUCAUCAAUACCCCAAAUAUUAUCAAUAAUUAUGAUGACUUACCACUGCAUAUAUUUUCUCGGAUAUUUGUUUACUAUUUAGUCGAUUCAUUGGACAAUCCUAUCCAAUAUCUUCUCAGUUUUCUACAGAAUGAUAAUAAAAGAGCAGUAAAAACAAUAUUAAUUACUCUUUCAUGGGCAAUCAAGCUUGAUAAAAUCGAAAUUAACCAAUUUUAUUCAACUGCUUGUGAAAUCAUUUCAGAAUACAUAGUUCAACCAUACGAUUAUGCCUACGAAGGAACCCUAUAUCUGUUACAGAUCAUAUGGGGUAAAACUCACAAUGAAGAUUUGAUUCAAUUUUCAAACACAAUUAUUUCGCAAAUUAACACUAUUCCAAUUGACAAACUGAAGUCAUUUAUAUCUUACAUAAAUGAUAUAUAUCUAGAAGGACCAGAAAUUUUUUCAGAGUUCUUUCCAAAUUUAAUUUCUUUCUUAACUCAGGUAUUAAGCAACCAAACAUUAGAUUAUGGUGUCAGAUCAACUGCAUGCAUCUUCAUUCAAUCGAUUAUAUAUAGAGAUUUAGAUAGUAUAAGAGUUUUUGAACAAGAUUUGAUAAUUAUCUCGAUAAAUACAAUUUUAACUGAGCCAAAUCCGGACGAAAGUGAGCUUAUACAAGACUGCAUAUUGUUGAUAUCAGAUAUAAUAUGCUAUGCGGCUGAUGAAGAGUUAAAUUCUUCAAUUUAUUCUGAAGUAGAAAAAAAUUUACAAAAAAGUGAACCUGUGUGUCACUUUUUGGGAAUUUCCCUUUUGACGGAACUUAGUGUAAAUGAAGCAAAAUGCAUUGAAGAUAAUAUAGAAGUGAUUUUCGAUGUAAUUUCUAGUGCUUUAUCAACAGAUAACAAAUUUUUACAAAAUGCUGCUUUGGAAUUCCUUCAAAUAGAGAACAAGAAAAUCAGUAGUUAUUCAGAAGCAUUUCUCGACCUUCUAAUUCAGUUUUCUUCAACAAUUCAAGAUGAAGAAGUUUUAAUUAACACUCUCGACGCUGUUAAAGUACAAAUAUCACAAACAGGCAAUCCAUCUGUCCCCACAAUAGCAGAACUGACUUCUUUAAUUCAAAAUGCAAUUCAAUACCAAAUUCUGGUUCAUCCGGCUUUGAAUCUCAUUGAUAAGAUUGUUAAGAACCUAAAAGCGAAUUUUCUGGAUGUUUUUAAUGAAUUUGAAAGCAUUAUUAUUGGAUCUUUACAAAAUUCUGAAUUUUUCAAUGAUGGAACUCAGAUUAUACUUGAUAUUUAUAAGUAUUGCAAAGCAGUGCCUAUAAUGGAUACGUUUGUUGAUUCUUUUAACUCAAUUAAUUUUGAUGAAUUCACUAGAGCUGAAAUUCUUGAAAUAAUCAAUGCAGCAGUAGAAAUGAAUGUUCUAUCUGAUUAUGUAGAAGAUAGUUCUCCAUAUUAUAACUUCAUUUUGAAGGUUGCAGGAACAAAUUUGUUGCCUCUUGGCGAAAAUGAUGUUGCAAAGAAUAAAAUCAUCUUAGAAUCUGAUGGACUCGCAUUUGAGUAUGAUGAAGAUCUGAAAAAUGACAUUCUUUCCGCUCUGAAAAUUUUCAAAAUUAUUAUCAAAAAAGAUAAGACUAUUUACGAUGUUGAAUCAGUCAUGACUGUUGCUGUUAAUGCAAUGAAAUCAUUCUUUAAGGAUUUAAACUCUUUAGGAACUCAAAUUUUGAAAUCUCUAACGAAAUAUGGAGAAAUUGACUUAAUUUGCAAUUUCUUUAGAGAGACUGUAUAUCAAACAUGUGCUUCCAGACUAUGUCAAAAGGAUUUAUUACGUGUUUUGGAAAAAAUUGCGAAAAAUCAGAAAAAUCCUGAAUUUUUAGGUUUGUUUGUUACGGUGUGUGAGAACUUUAUCAAGUUUGAUGAAGAUAAACCAAAGAAAAACAAACUUUUCAACAAAAUUUCAGAAAAAUUAUAUAAUAUUUUGUUAGAAUUCAGAGAUAUCGUUUCAAAUGAUAUUGUAGAGAGAGUUAAAGCAAUAUUCCCAUUUGAUGAUCAUAUUUACUCCGUCAGAAUUUGGUCAAUUCUUUCAAUUUUUGAUCCAAAAAAAAUUGAUGAACUUUUACCUCUUUUCGAAGUUUAUUCCCAAAGUGACGAUGAAAACGAUAGAGAAACGGUUGCCAUUUCAAUGCUGACCAUCGUUUCUCAUUGCAAAUCAUUUGAUUUCGAAAUUGUGCUUAGAAUUGCUGCUUCUUUGAUAGAUAGCUAUGAAAAACUAUGUGAAAACACUGAAAAGUGCGAAGCAGCUGCAUAUCAGUGUUGUGUCCUUUUAUCAAACCAACUUCAGAAAAAUGAUAAAAAUUUAACGAGAAUUAUACGUUCUGUAGAAGAAUACUUUGGCUAA